AUUCUAUAAAUCAAUAAAUAUAAACUCUAGGGCCAUUAUCUUAAUUAAUUACAUCAAAUGGUAAUUAAGUGCCUACUCGCCAUCAGUAGCAGAAACUACUGCCAGUCUUUAACCUCACUUCAUUUAAUUACCCCCCAUUUAUGGAACCGUGUAUCUCUCCUUUUCGGUGCUUCUGGUUAAGCUCAGAUCAGAAUGCUCAUCGCAAUUUGUAAAACACUCUUCCCUCUUCUGGUAGGGCAUGAAGGUUUAAACUUCACUCGAUAGCCCUUUCUGGUAAGUCCAUUUCAAAGCUGGCAAAAAAUGAGGAAAAACACCAGUUUUCAUCACUCAGGAAGGGUUUCUGGUGACAGAAAGUGGAAAGUUCCAUUCUUUGUAAGCUUGCUCUUAUCCAUGACAUUGUUUAUGGCAACCAUUUUCGGGCUAUACACUUCAUCAUAUCGUAGGGAAGCAAUAGAAGUUGAUGUCCCAUCUUUCAGUGACUCAUCAGAAGACUACUUUGUUGACUCGGAGCUGAGGUCAUCAAUGUUGAAUGUGGAACCAAAAACCGAACCACCUAGGUUUGCGUACCUCAUAUCGGGCACAAAGGGUGACAGUCAAAGGUUGAUGAGGACUUUGAGGUCUGUUUAUCACCCGAGAAACCAGUAUAUACUGCACAUGGAUUUUGAGGCCCCACCUCGUGAGAGGUUGAACUUGACAAUGUCAGUAAAGAAUGAUCAAACUUUCCAUCAAGUGCAAAAUGUACGUGUAAUGGAACAAUCUAAUUUGGUCACAUACAAAGGCCCUACUAUGAUUGCCACUACAUUACAAGCUAUAGCUAUCAUGUUGAGGGAAAGUUUGGAUUGGGAUUGGUUUAUCAAUCUUAGUGCUUCUGAUUAUCCUCUCAUGACUCAGGAUGAUAUCCUUCAUGUUUUUUCAAAUAUGUCCAGAAAUUUGAAUUUCAUUGAACAUAUGCAGCUGUAUGGGUGGAAACUGAAUCAGAGAGCAAGGCCUAUAAUUGUCGAUCCUGGUCUUUAUUUGACUAAGAAAUCUGAUAUCACUAUGACUUCUCAGCGCCGAUCACUUCCUACAUCUUUUAAGCUGUUCACGGGGUCAGCAUGGAUGAUCCUGACACGCUCUUUCCUGGAGUACUGCAUAUGGGGAUGGGACAUCCUCCCAAGAACACUUCUCAUGUACUAUACCAAUUUCGUCUCUUCCCCAGAAGGCUAUUUUCACACCGUCAUCUGCAACGCUGAUGAGUUUCGCAACACUGCAAUAGGUCAUGAUCUGCACUACAUCGCUUGGGACAACCCUCCCAAACAACACCCCCUCGCCUUAACCCUCAAGGACUUUCAGGCCAUGGUCAACAGCAGUGCCGCUUUUGCCAGGAAGUUCCGGAGAGACGAUCCAGUUUUGGACAAGAUUGACAGGGAGCUGUUGGGCCGUGGUUCAGACCGGUUUGUGCCAGGGGGUUGGUGUGUAGGGGGUCAAGAGGAUGGGAGUGAUCCUUGUUCGGUCGUUGGAGAUGAUUCGGUGUUUAGGCCGGGUCCGGGUGCGAAGAGGCUGGAGAGUCUGAUGCUGAAGCUGAUGUCAGCAGAUUUUCGUAGUAAGCAAUGUUUGGCCAAGAACUAAGACACAAAGAGAAACUGUUUCCUGUUUUGGCAGAACUGAUUUGUACAGUGUUGUAAACCAUAUAGAACAGAUUGUAAGUUAAAAAUGGUCCAUUGAUUAAUUAUAUGUAGAGUCUAGCUGCUCAUUUGCAAAUUGCAACAGUGUAAUACAAACAGGGAAACAUCCAACAGAAAUGUGAGUUUACCAAAUCGGGGAAUUUUGCUCAAAUGUUUUUUUGAGAUAUCAUAUGCUAAAUAAAUGAAAUAAUGAAUCGAUUCAUGUUAGCUGAUCG